GCUUUGUAUGGACCAUGAGUCUGAAUAAAAAGAUUUAUUAUUAUUAUUAAUUCAACGCUCGAAUGCCAACAAAAUAGCAGUCAAUUUGAAACAAUAUAAUACAACAAAUAACUUUAUUACUAAUUCAUCAUUUUUAAACAAAUAUCAAAUGAAAGCUUUCAUACUCGCUGCUCAAAUUGAAAAAAUAACUGCCAUUACUAGAUUUAUACCAGCGAAUAUAUUUAAUGAAGUAUUGUAUCUGCUAUCGUCAAUAUAUGAAAUUAUCGCAAUCAGAACAUUUUCAAAAAAAAGUAGGAAUCCAAAAUAAUGAACAUAUUCCAAAUAAGAUAUGACCUAAAGGUCUAUGUUACCAGGUCAUAAAGGAAAUUAAAAAAAAAUGUCGUCAGGAAAAAAAAUACGCUACAUAAAAAAGCCUUCAAUUUAGUAUUACAGGAAAUUGUGAAUAAAUCCUCGCAAAACAAAAAAAAUAUCUGAACAAAUAGUAAGUGUAGUAAGUAUACAAAAAUAAAACAAAAAUAUGCUAUUUAUAACUGAGCUAUAUACACACAACUAUAUAUACAGGUUUGAAUGGAAGAGAAAUUAAAGGUCCAAACGUUGGCGCAUGUUUACAACAGCUCGUCGACAACUCAUGGCAACCCCUCGCAUUCUUUAGAAAAACCUUUCUGCUCGACAAAGCAUUUGGCCAGCUUAAUACAGGGAACUGCUUGCUAUUUACGACGCUGUGCAUCAUUUCCAUCAUAUUAUGGAGGCCCAGCAUGUCGUCAUAUUCACAGACCAUAAGCCGCUCACGUACGCAUUAUCUCGAAACGAGAGAAAUUGCCACCGGUUCAACUCAUCCAACUUUCAUUUAUCUCAUAGUUUUCUACAGAAAUCGUCCACGUCAACGGAAAGGAGAACGUCGUCGCUGACGCCUUGUCGCGAGUAGAGGCUGUUCAUCUGCUUAGUACCUAUGCUGGCCUUGCCGAGGAACAGACGGCUGACGAGAAACUCCGCAGCGUGCUGACCAACUUUAAUCUUAAGUUGCAGAAAGUCAUAGUCCCAGGUUUAGAUUUCGAAAUUUACUGCGACGUGUCUACAGGUAAGCCCCGCCCAUAUCUACAUCAAUCUUUCCGACGUUCUUAUUACUGCCAAAUCCAUAAUCUCAACCAUCCUGGCGCGCGGACUGUUAUAUACACUCCCUCUAUUAACUAUUUGCUACCUGUACAUAAAUCUUGAUGACUGCACAUUAGGUUAAGCUCAUCGUAAUCAUAACUAAAACUGGCGAGCAGUCUCACUCCAGCCUUCAAAAGGGAAGGUUGCUUCUCCUGUACUAAUUCCUUAUGGUCGUGUGUGAAAAAAAACUUUACUAAAUCUAUACAAUUAAAAGUUUGUGAAAAGGGUUUUCUUUUGUAAAAACCCAAAUCUAUUCCUACGUACAACAAAUGGUGGCAGCGAAAACUUAUUAAGAAAAGUCCCUGAUCCGCCUCUGUGCAAAUAAGUGACAGUUUGGUAUAAAACCGAUAUAAAAGUAAGCAGUAAGUUUGUGCAAAUAAUAAGUGCGUGUAGAAUAGUGCUUUAUUGAUAACCAGUUAACACCGGAUCGACAUAAUAUCGAUAAUACAUCGAGUCCCAAUCGAGUUUGAAGCUUACACUAUGAGGUCACGCAUUACAAUCGCCGUGUUCCUGUAAGUGUUGAAACAUUCUGCACGUAUUUACCAGUGAAGUGAAAACGAAACUCCCAAGUGGAAAAUACAUAAAUAUGUAUAUAUAGACUCUAAGUUAACAUUCAUAUUCAUAGUUGAUUGUUCUAAUUCAAUCAGAGAGUAGUGUUACGUCACUCCUUAUCACUCCGACUGCAUUCCAUUCCUCGCCGAGUCGCUCACCUUUCUGCGAAUCACUCACUACAAAAUGCCUAAGGACGAGUCUAAUAGUGAAGUCGAUUUAAAUAUACUAAUUAAAUUCAUUGAUAAGUUCGACGGUAACCGCGAACAAUUAAAUCCGUUUUUGUCAAAUUGCAGAAAUGCGAUUAAUCUAGCAUCAACGUCACAACAAAAUAUUUUAUUUAAAUACAUAUUAAGCCAGCUGAGGGGGCAUGCCGAAAUUGCAUGGGACGAUGGGGGAAUUCCGGACGCGGGGUAAAUACGGACUUACAUUUAUCUAUUCUAUCCCUGCUGCCUGCGUCCCGGAGACACCAUCACGCGUUACUUUCCGCCAUCUUUAGUGCCCACCAAACAUUCCCGACAGGCGGCUGCGCACACGUUUCAAGAAGCAUCGUAAAUAUAUUAAGAAAAAAGAAGCAUCUUAUACCAUUGAAACUUUAAAAAUAGCUGUACGAGAAAGAAAAGAUUUCUUAUUGACUGGCAGCCGAAAAGUAUGGCAUUCCCAGAGCAACCCUCUUCGAUCAAGCAAAAAAAGUUUGUGUUAGUGCCAUGCCAAAAAGAGGCAAGAAGUCAAUUUUUAAUGAAUGUCAGGAAAACGAACCGGUGAAAUACAUUUUAAAAUCUUGCAAAGCCUUUUUUGGGAUAACAAUACGUACUCUCAGAAAAUUUGCAUUUGAUUUUGCUGCUGCGAAUAACAUAGCAAAUGAUUUUAACAAAUAUACUAAAAUGGCAGAAAUAGAUUGGUAUUAUAAUUUUAUGGCUACACACCUCAAUAUAUCCCUUCGAAGACCAGAAGCUUCUUCAAUUAUUGGGAUCACAGCAUUUAAUCAAGAAGAAACAAAAAUAUUUUUUCACAAUUUAAAAACACUGAUGAUAGAAUACCAGUUUAAGUCGUAUUCAAUCUACAAUGUUGAUGAAACGGGGAUUAGCACUGUACAACGAAACUCCAGGAUUCUCGCACCGAAAGGCUUAAAUCAAGUAGGUAAAUGUACCAGCGCAGAACGUGCUUCCAUGAACACAGUUGUAAAUUAUUUCAAUGCUGGAGGCACUUACAUUCCCCCAUUUUUCAUAUUCAACAGAAAGCGAAUGAAUGCACUGCUUAUGAAAGACAGCAAUAGUAAUAUCGUGGCUUGUGUUUCUCACACAGGUUGGAUAACUGAAUCCAUUUUCGUAGAUUGGCUUCAACAUUUCAAAGAAUAUGCAAAACCAUCAACAGAUGAUCCUAUUUUACAAAUAUUGGACAACCACGAAAGCCAUAUUAGUUUGAGAACUUACGAAUUUUGUCGCAAGAACUUUAUUCAUGUUUUAACUUUGCCACCUCAUACAUCCCACAGAAUGCAGCCUUUAGAUUUAACUUUCCAUGGCCCAUUAAAAACAGCAUACUACAGAGAAUGUGAAUACUUCACGGUUAACCAUCCAGGCACCAAAAUUACGGCUUAUGACGUAGUAGGCCUUUACACAACGGCUUUCAAUAGAACCACAAAUACUGACAAAGCUAUUAAUGGCUUUAAAUCUGCUGAAAUUUGUCCAAUGGAUCAAAAUAAAUUCAAAACACUUUUGAGAGUUUUGGUGAUAUUUUAGCACCAGUCUCUUUUCAUGAACAACCGAUACAAACAAAUAAUAAUUCAAGCCAAAGUGAGUCCAAGGAUGUAUUUCAAUUUGUUCGGUACAGUUAGUGUAGCUUUAUACUGUCGUCAUAUUAAUGAAAAUUUAAAGUUGUCGGUUUAUACCAAAAUCGGCUCACUUUUAUUCUCCCGCACAAGCGCGUAGUUUCGGAAUCCCCCACCGCUACGGCUGGCCGCGGGGCCUGCGGGGGGUACGGGGAAGAGAGUGAGUCGACACCAGUGAGAAGAGUUGAGUUUCAGCAUCGGAAGUCGUAGGAACUAAUAUCGGUUUAUCUAGCGUACCGAGUCGCUAAGUUUACGGUUCCGGGUUCUGUUAUACCUGUAAACAGUAUAAGGAUAUAAUGACGCAAGUAGUAAUCCCGCUGAUCAAACACUGUAACUCUAUCUCCUAUUGACAUCCGCUCAGAGAAUUUGUUUCCCAUGACUGGCGACGAGUCAGUCUUGCACCAGCACUCACACGUCGCGGAUCCAUAUAAUUUCAAGUCCGGACACACGCCAAAUCUUUAAGAACUUAAGUGUCAGUGUUAAUUAUAACUAUAUUCCUUUUAGCUAAUAAAAUAUCUUUUUUAAAAAAAAAAGGGAUUUUUAAAAUAAACAGUUCGGUCCGAUCGAGACGCGUCUAUAGCGCGCUUACGGGAAGCGGUGCAUCGGGUGCAUCAGGAGUGCAGCAUUGCUGGCGCCUUUAGACUGUAUGACAGAGACUUAUUUCAUUCGACUGACACCGACAGAGUGUCUAGGCACCUGCAGGCGGUGAACGGACACUGAGGGGGUAAGUGCCAUUUCCCUACACACGUUACAAUACUACGCCAACCCUUGCAACGCGUCAUUCAGGAGGGUUGUGUCGCGGCACCCGAACCGUCGUGUUCGGCACACAAUUUGUUUGUGAUGCUGAAAAUGAAAAUGUUUUUAAUACAAUAUAACUUCAAAGUAUAACAAGUCAAACUGUCCGUCUCCCUUAGUACAACUUAGUGAUGUAGUACAAGUACCAACUCUAAAACCUGCUCGUUCAAAACGAGUACUCAAAAAAAAACAUUCCAUUAUUUUAACCAGCACACCUGCAAAAGAAAAAUUAGAACAAAAAGAACAAAAGAAAAUAGAAAGAAAGAGAAAAAAAACUGGAACAAGAAAACCGACCAAAAGGUUUAAGAAACUAAAUAACAAGACAGACCACCAGUUCGCCUUAAGGAUAGAAGCUUGUCUUUCCAAAUGAUUAUCCGAAACAAAUAUAUCUAUACCUACGAGUAAUAAAGGGGAAUUGGCAGGCCGUGUCGCUUCAUGCAAGACUUGGCGUUGCACACCUUUGUAACAGGGCUUAGCCCACGAUUAUCCACUGUAGUUCGGCGCCGUGACCCCAAAUGCCUUAACGACACGACGUUUCAGCCACAAAAUCGAAACCCUCAAAAUGGAUCAAAUAGGAAUCACAAUGGUGAUUACCCAGCACCUGCACGAUUUGAUGAUACUCCAGUGUGUCGAUAUUGCAAAUUUCUGGGACACACAAUUGAAUUCUGUCGCAAACGUGAAUAUAAUAAUAAAAGAUUUGGAAAUGUUCAGUACAAAGGCAAUAAUAAGAUUCGCCCAUUGCCUUCAACUAGCUUCCAAAAUCGCGGUCAACCAAUUCAUCUAGUAGAUUCCCUUGAAAUUAACGAUUCUGAUGAUAAUAACCCUUUAAACGAAUAGAGGACUCUCGACGGUGUCCCCCGAGUCCAAAACCCCGGCUUAACAAAAAGGUAAAUGACACCACCAAUGUAGCUAAAUGUAAAGUUCCCACUGUAUCCACUGUGUCAGCUUUAUCCGCUGUAUGUAAAUUUCACAUUCAUCAUAUACUCCCUCUAUUAACUAUUUGCUACCUGUACAUAAAUCUUGAUGACUAUACAUUAGGUUAAGCUCAUCGUAAACAUAACUAAAACUGGCGAGCAGUCUCACUCCAGCCUUCAAAAAGGAAGGUUGCUUCUCCUGUACUAAAUCCUUAUCGUCGUGUGUGAAACAAAGCUUGUUCUCUUUACUAAAUCUAUACAAUUAAAAGUUUAUGAAAAGGGUUUUCUUUUUUAAAAACCCAAAUCCAUUCCUCCGUACAACAGCACGCAUGGUUGCAGAUCGCUUCGUGUGGCCUGGCAAGCAGAAGGACUGUCCCCUAACACCUAGUCCCGUGCUUGCGUCGCAUGCCAAAAAUCAAAACUAUCCUGCCACACAUCCACACCUCUCGGCAACUAUGCCAGCCAAAUCACUCGUUUCCACAUCACAUGUUCACAUUGACAUCGUUGGCCCUGUCCCUUACAGCAAGGAUUACCAGUACUGUCUGACAGCCGUCGACAGAUUUACUCGGUGGCCAGAGGCAUGGCCAAUGGUCAAUAUGACGGCGGAGGAAUGCGCUGAGACCUUCUUUAGAGAUUGGAUCUCGCGCUAAUGAUCUCGUCGAACGCAUACACAGGCAGCUUAAAGCUUCCUUAAUGUGUCAUGAAGACGCCUGGCUUAAGACCCUGCCCGUGGUUCUGCUUGGCAUGCGCGCAGCACUAAAAGAGGAUUUAGAAUGCUCACCAGUCCAGCUUGUAUAUGGGGAACCCCUGCGCUUGCCGGGGGAAUUUUUUGCUUCUUCCAGAUACUUCUACAGUCGAAGAUGUUUCUAACUUCGCCACGCAACUCCGUCUCCAGAUGGCACGACUGAGGCCAACAUCUGCCUUUCGCCACGGUUAACAUAACGUCUUCGUGUCGAAUGCGUGGGUGAUAAGAACACCCAAGUGAGUCUUGACCGGGUGAAACCGGCAUCCAUAUUGGACAGUUCUGCACCAGCACCUAGUGGUCCGAUUGUUAAACCGUCUGCAUCGGUCACCCCAGCUGCAGCUCCAGCUGUCCUAGCUGCUUCAACUGUGAUUCGUGCAUGUCUCAAUGAAUACCAUAUGAAGGACUUUAUCCCAGCUGUUGGGACAGAAAUAACAGGAGUCGAUAACUAAUGUUCCCACUAAUCUUUCCAAUUCAAGCUAUUUUUGCUAUGUUAAUAAAAAGGACAAUGAGAAAUCGUAAGAAUGACGCAGGACGUAGUUUUCUGCAGUCGACGGGCCCCGUGGCGAUCUUUGUGGUUGGCGGUUCGUGGUAAAUCCACCAGUGAAGUAGUGCUACAGCUGUCUGAGGUGUGGCCACCUAGCGAAGUACUGUAAAAAAAUCAGUGAAAUGCUCAAUUUGUACUGAAAAUCACAGCUACAAAGAUUGCAACAUCUCUUCAGAUAAAGCGGUAUGCAUACAUUGCAAAGGUAACUAAGGUAAACGCACCAGUAAUUGACCAUGUACCUGUAGUUGGCAACUAACGCACAUAAACCGAUAAAGUAAGAAUCCGCUAUCUAUAAAGAAUCCCUAGCUCCUACCACGGUAUUACUCAGCUAUAAAAGGAUACCUCAAGAAAUUGCAGGUAACUUUCCUUCUGACUGGGGUAUUGGAAAAACUGAUUCAGGUUGGAUGAUAUGUGAAGCAUUCUCAUUUUCAUUCAUGAAAUAGCUUUAACAGUUAUUCUCUUUGUUGAUGGGCAAAUAUCUCAUUUAUCACUUCACACUAGCCAGUUUUGUGAAGAAAAAGUAAUUGUGUUAAUAGCACUUUAUCUUAAUGCAACCCGUUUAAUUCAACCCAUGGAUGUAGCAGUAUUUAAGCCACUAAAAGAAGCAUGGAAGAGGCACGUACAAAAUUGGAGGGUUGAUAAAAUAAAAAAUGACGAGCCUCACGUAAUUAAGAAAAAAAGAUUUUGCCAAGUUUAAGUUUUUAACACGAGGUAAUGGUAAUACCAUGAACAAAUCAAUUUUGGCAAAUGGAUUUAAAACAUGUGGCUUAUUUCCUUGGAACCCAAUGGACGCGAAAGUCCCACAUGAGAGUAACAGAAACAACGAUUUACAUGCCGUAGAACGACUGAAGCUCAUUCGAGCGUGGUGCUUUAAGCCAGACAAUACCACUGAAUAAUGCUAAUGAAAACCGUCAAAAAACUGUCAGUGCUGUGGCCGAAGAAGAAGAUUUUCAUAAAAAUAAAAUUAGAUUUUUCUUAUAAGCAAAAAAUACUUUUUUGUACUACUA